CGCUCGAAAAAUCCACAAAACCCACUCACAACUUCGUCUGCUAUCCAACUACGGUCGCGCCACCAUGACGAGCGCCACCGCCAACCACCGUAACAACUCACCGCCUCUCACCCCGGACGACAUAAUCCGCUUAGCUCAGUACCACACUACUGCACCGCUUCAUCCUUACCUCCUCUCCCCAACUUCUCACGAAACCCUUGUCUCCCACCUCCACACGCUCCCUCCCUCCGCCGUCUCUGAAUACACAUCGUCUCUCCUCUCUCUCCUCUCGCCAUCUCCUUCUGUAUCUACCCUACUCACAUCUCUUCUCAAUUCCUACUUAAUCCUCUUCACUUCCAACAAAAUUCCUCAUGAUCGGCGUUCUCUUAAAACCCUGGAGCUCUUCUCUCCCCAUCUAGAGAACAUCCCGAUCAACGAACUACAAACAAUCUCCGAUACAAUCGUUUCGAGUAUCUCACAAAUCAACAGAGAUCCAGAUGAAGCGCAGCUUCUCGACUUGCUUCCGAAGUGUCUCCACAUCAUAUUUAACUCUAAUGAGAUCGAUAAACCCCAGGAUUCAGUUGAUGCGGUAUUUGAUCGUAUCCUAGAUUGUAAUUGGUCAAGGAUUUUGUUAGUGAAACUGGUUUCUAUCAUUCACGAGUUCAAGUUUGUUGGUAAGGGAAGAGGUAAGCUGUUUGCACAGAAGGUGUUUGACAAUAUGCAUUGUGUUGAGCUGCAGGAUCUUCCUUCAUUAGUUUACCAGUUACUUGUUUUGGCUUCGAAAGGGUUUAACAAAAGGGAAAUAAUUGAAGGUAUUGUUAUGUUCUUUGGAACCAAAAUGCAUUCUAAAAAGGCGAGUUCUAAUAUCAUCAGGGAAGUUGAAGGGACUGUACUGUUGCAUGUCAAUUUCGCUGUAAAGCAAGAUCCUUCACUGGGGCAGGAAAUUAUGGGGCUUGUGAGGUCAAAUCUUCAGGCAAUUGAUCAUUUUGUUGUUGGGCUAUUGUUGUCAAUAGCAAGAAUUAGAAGGUACAGGGAGAACUCCAUGGGAACACUGAAAACAGCUCUUAUCACUGCUUAUAAGGAUUACAAAUUUUCAAGACAUUGUAAAUGGCUACCUGAUGGCUUAAAGGAGGAGUAUCUACAAAAUGCCAUAUUGACAGAGAAAGCAGUGCUUAGAAUUGUUAAUGAGAGUAAUCAUGGAAGAGAACAUAUUGUUCCUAGCAUAGUCCACUUGGGCUUUUUGUUUCUGGAAUCAGGGGAGGAAAUGAGCCAUAAAGAACUUGGAAACACAGGUCUUAUGGGUUCUCAAGAGCUUGGUAUUCAAAUGCUAAAAAGUUUAUUUGAGGUUCAUGAUAUGGCAAGAAAUGAGAUCAUUGAGCAAUGUAAAUUCCGAAUCCUUUCUCUUAAGCCUGAACAAAGUUUAGCAAUCAUAAGGUUACUUGGUAACCUAGUUCAGAACUACCCAUACCCCAUGUUAGAACAUGUGUCACAUCUGAAGGAAUUGUUGGAUUAUUUUGGUUUUAUGCACAGCAAAGUUGCUUCCCAUUUGAUUAACAUUCUAGUGCCACUCAUCAAGUUCAGUCAUAACCUUCAGGACUACAUCAUCUUGGUGGUGCGAAAGGCUAUGUUUAGACAAGAAGAUCAAAUCCGCUUAGCUGCGGCUGGAGCCAUUAUCGACUUAAUUCUUGCAGACAAAAAAUCAAAACAAAAUAUGCCAUCUUCUUAUCAAGAAUCCUCUAGCCAAGCUAGCAGCAGUCAACAACCUCAAAUAACACGUGGAAUUAGCAAUGAUCUUUUCAAAGAGCUCAGUAGUUUAUUACAACGAUGCCUCUAUCAACAGGCGAAAGUGAAAGAGGUUGUAUACCAGGGACUUGUAAAGCUUGUGCUGGUUGAUCCAUUAACAGCAGGGGAAGUUUUUGAUUUUCUAUGGCCUCACUUUCUACAGUUUUACAAAGAAGAUGGUCAACUUAAUAUAAUCCAAUGCAUUAAGUCUGAGAAUAACAAAGCUUGUAUAGUAGAACCACUUGAUGAUCUUCUAUCUUGUGUCUCAUGGAUUCUUUCACUUCAGCCACAAGAAAAAUCUGAAUCAUGGGCUUCUUUCGGGUUCUCACUUACGCAGGAAAACGAGCAGGCAGGAGGAACAGUUUCUGGUGAGUCGUUUUCCAAUGCUUUGUCAAGAAUCCGGAAGCUUCUAAGAAAUGGAAAUUUGGAAGGACAGUUAGGUUUAGAUACACCACAAGAAGGAGAGACAUACAAAUAUAGUGCUAAGAUUAUGUCGGGUGUUAUUGAGGUGAUAUUGAAUACACUUGCUACUGAAUUGGAAAAGGCAAGUAAUGAUACAAAGAUUGAUUUAGAGAAAGAGUUGAUUGAUCUUGUUGAUCUACAUGAGUCCUUAUGUACACAAAACAAUGGUGCUAGAAAAGAAACACCUCGGUCUACUGCUCCUGAUCUAACAUAUAAAAACGAGUCAGACAACACAAAGUGGUGUAAAGAAACAACUACUUUCAUGUCAACAUCAAGCAUUCAUCACUUGUUUCAAACAUUGUUUCAACUCUACAAGUCAUCAAACCAGCAUUCUAAACUGUUCUAUUUUGUGUUAAAUGCCACUUUUUGCAAGAUAAAAUCUUGUUCCAAUGUGGCAAAAGAUGAUCCAUUGAAGAGUUUGAUGUAUGGGGAUAUAAAGAUCCUAGGACCACCAUUGUUGAAAGUGAUCUUGUUGCUCAUGCAACCAGAUCAAAAGAAAAAGGAAGCUAAAGGGAAAAAAGAUGAAGAUGAUAAAAAGGGUCUCGUUCUCUUGGCUUUAAUUUGCUUGAAAGAACUGUUAACAAUCUGUUCUCAAAGCCCAGAUGAAAUGAGAGAAAUUGAAGACAUGUUGUCAGAUUCUUUAGUUGAGGAUGAACCACUGAACAUUCAAAGGGAAGAAGUCUUCAUUACAAAAAUUGUUAAACCUCUGUUCUCUAAGCUUCUUCAAGCAAAGUUCUUCCAUGAAAUUGAGGUGCUGUGUGAUAUUGCGAAGAUUAUUGGGUGUAAAACUGUUGGUGAUUGGGCAAUAAGAAUUUGUGAAACUAGUAAUAUAGCAAACACCAAGAUUGCAAAAAGUGUAGUGAAUCUAGCACUAUCAUGUACUCAAGCUUCAAAUGAUUUGGCUGUUGCUCAAGAUAUGGCACUGGAGUUGAUAAAAACAACAGGAUCAGAAACAUACAGAAUCAUAAACAAUUCAACGGAAACUGUUGUAUCAUCAGUGAUCUUACAGUUUCUUGAAUCAGUUCUUGCUGACAUGGAUCGAAUCAGUAUGAAGAUGAAAACAUGUUUCACUAGUGCUUAUAAAGGAAUAGUGGUAGAUGAUGAUGAUGAUGAUGAUGGGAUACACAAGUCACAUUUGACAUUAGAAGAGACUCUGUACCAGAGGGCUGAAGCUGUCAUGGAACUGUUAUCUUCUUUUGUGGUGAUGAACCUCAAAGAUCUUCAAGGUGAACAUGUAGUGAGAUUGGCUGCUAAAUUCUACAAGAACUUAGCUAGGGUUUCAAAGUUUCUUAUCGCACCUAAAGGUUGCAAGCAGAUUUUACCAAGUCUCAAGUUUCAAAAGCUUGUGGAAGUGACUUGUAAGCAGCUAACAGGCCCUUUGUACAUUUUCAUGGAAACAAUGCAGCAGAAACAAGAAGCCAGUAGUAGAGCAAGUAAAGGAAUUUUGAACAAGAUUAAAAGGGAGAACAGAUGCAUCCCAGAUUUGAUAUUUCAGAUAGAAGAUUAUGAGAAGUAUCUGAUUCUACUUGGCAAAGCUUGCAAGAUGAACUUGUUGAGGCACGCAAAACGUAGCACUGCUAGAGAUUUUAGAAUAACUGGCCCACAAGAACAUGAACAUGAACACGGGAAUAAUCAGGAACAUGAUGAAGUUAAUGAAGUUGCUGCUCAAAAUGAUUUGGUACAAGACUCUGAAAAUGGCGAAGAAGAUGAUGUAUUAUUACCUGACACAGGUACCCCAUUUGCUGCAGAGGAUUCCGAAGAAGAUGACAAUUUGAUUCCCAGAAAGAAGAGUAGAAUUGUUGAAGAUUCAGACGAUGAAGCAAUAAAUAGUUGUUAGAUGUGAUGAAAGAUUAUUUGUAUAGUAAACAACAUACACACAUGUCAGAAACAAUUUCUCAUCUUUUAGCACCAACAAAAAUCAUCGAAUCUGAACAAGAAGCGUUACAGUUAUUAUUAUUGAAAUUAUUAUCUAUACAGCACCAGAAUAGCCCACCAAAAAAAUGUUUUAAGCAGGGGAUGAUAGAUUGAUGGAUAGAUCAUCGCAAUUAACAUGAAAACUACUUACGCUAUAUGAGAUCCCGAAAAUUGCGUAGAAUUUACCCCUUUUUCACUACCUUUAUUCAUUUCUCAAUAUUAAUAUUCGCGUCGUCAUCGUCAUCGUCAUCCUGCAGAUCCGAUGCUUGAACACGAUUACUGUGAGCUGUUUGUGUCAAUGGUCUAUUUGUUGCUGUAUCGACGAACGUCGCAGAAGACAUCUCCAUUUGACAUAUCCUAACUGCUCCAAACAACUUCUCCGGUAAAUCCUCUUCUUCCUGAGCUUCAACUGCAAACCCCAUAUCGAUUGUCACAGCCGUGACGCACCCCAACGCCAAACGCAGAAUCGCAGUGGCGACCUUCGAGCUACCGAUGUCGACGUCAAUCUCUAGGUAAUUCGGGCCGCUGUGGUAGUGGCAAUUCAGGGCUUUUCCGAGCAGGCAAGCGGAGUAGUUCCCGACGGUGGCUUUCACGAUCCACGGCCCUUUGACGAUACGGUUCACGAUCUUAAACCGCUGGUUGCGGAAGGCGUCGUCGCCGUGGAUGAAACGAUAGAGAAGUGAACCGGAGGGAAUCGGAUCGUCUGUUGCGAAGUAGAACACAGCACUAUGAUGAUCCCUACCUGGAACCUGUAAGUUCACGGCCAAUACGAAACUCUUCGCAGUGCUGCUUCCUUCGCACUGAGACUUCCUAAGCGCGUGCAUCACACGGUUGUCGGCGCGUGAUAGGACGUGGUCGAGUUUAGAUGCAGAACGGAGCCAAUCGACACCUGCAGGAUGAAGGAGCCAUGGACCGGAGGGGCACUUCUGCUUCUUGGUGAAGUAGUUACUGCCGCGGAGAGAGAAUAGAUCACCGGGAGGGGACGCCCAACCAUUGGAUCCAGUAUCGAGGUCUACAAGCUUGAGAGAUCCACCGUUGAUUGCUUCUUGCCUCCAGUCUCCGUCUUCCUCUGAGGAGGCCGAAGAGGCCUUGUCGACGACGGUGUACGCGGCGGAGGAGCUCCUAUGCUUUUGCUUAUGCUUAGUGGAACACAUUCUCUUCUUUCUCUCUCGGCCGCCUCAGGGAGUAGAGCACCGGCUAGAAUCAGACGCGUUAUGGAUGGGGUGGAAUGGAAAGUCUUGGAUUUGUAAAGGAGUUUCGGAAGAACCCUUUUUUAACUCGCGUUAUCACUAUAUGGUUAAUUUGUUGGGGGUUGUUUUGGCGUGUUU